AUGCCAAGGUCUACUGCAAUACUACCCACCAGUCAAUUCCGCCAAAGACGUCGUUCUGAGAACAGUAUCGAUAGUCAAUCAGACCAUGAAGUCAUUAGUGACGCGGAGGUGUGCUCAAGCAGCCCACAGGCUACAGCUACAGAAAUGGCCACAGCUGAACAAGUAUCCAUGCAAAUGCCCGGAAUGCUACGCCGCCAGAGUACAGACAGGGCAUUUGUGCGAAAUUUCUCUUAUUACUUUAAUAACAACGUGGUCGGUCGAAGUUCACUGGACAGCAAUGGCUCUAGCGGCUCAAGUAAUACAAGCAGUACACACAAUACAAGCGCUAUCAGCAGCAGCAACACAACCACCACUAUAACCACCACUACCACAACUACCACACCUGGUACCAGCCACAACAGCAACAGCAACAGCAACAGCAACAACCAUAACCACCACAGUAGUACAAACAUUAAGAUGCCCCAGGCUUAUCGGUCAAAUCAAGACAUGACUGUAGAAGAUAUCAUGCAGGAUGGCUUAAAGGGAAUGCUCCAAUCAAAAAUCCCACUUGGAUAUUAUAUUUGUCACUUGAUGGAAGAAUACAGUUGUGAAAACUUGUUCUUUUACUUGGCUGUAGAGCAAUACGAACAUCACCAGUUCGAAACUAGAGACGAUCAACAUAUCGCAGCAAAACGAAUUUACAGCACAUAUAUAGCCCCAAACAGCCAACUAGAAAUCAAUCUCGAGAGCAAGAUCCACAAAGCAAUCGUACUUGCCCUUUUGGAUUCAGAUAGUUUAUUACAUGUAUUCGAACCAGCAAAACAUCAUGUAUUUGAGCUUCUGAACCUUAGUUACCAUCGUUUUAUCAGCAGUCCUUUGUGGGAUACCAUGAUAGCACAGUGUGCUCCUUUGACUCCUUCAUAUGAUAACAAGUCAAGACGACUUAUAGCACAAGAAGCAGCAGCUAGGAUGCACCAGACUCUCGAACAACUUUAUUCUCCUGUCAGCAGUGUACGCCCAAUGGUUCUUAUAUUCUGUCGAACUUUUUUGCAUUGCAACCAUGAGCUUACCCAGAGCGGCAAUUCGGGCAACACAAAGCACACCGGUCGAGUACGUAGCAAGAGUGUAGAAGCUAAAAAGUCGCGUCGAUUCGAUUUCUUUACAAGAAAAGCCAAGUCAUAA